UUUGCAUUAACUUGCGCAUUUGAUCCAUGUUAAUGCAAAUUAGUAAUGCAGAAAAGUUUCGUGCAUUUAACUGAAUUUACCAAAUUUGAGUAGACGAUUUUUGCUAUUGUGAAUGAUGAUUGAUUAAAAGAAGAAGAUAAAAACGUAAAUAGUAGAUUUAAGGAAAGCAUCAGAGAUGGCAGGAAAUAAACAACGCAAAGCUUGGAUGAACAGCGACGAAAGUGUUUUGAUUGAUUUGUGGCGUGAACGAGCCAGAGAUUUGCGACGUGUUAAGCGCAAUUCGCAUAUCUAUGCUGAUAUAUCUGUGCAAAUGGCACAUAAAUUUACACCAAAAGAAGUGCAUGUUAAAAUACGGAAUCUUAGACAAAAAUAUAGAGAGGAAAGGAAAAAAGUUGGGCCCUCGGGGGGCGGCCCAUCGGGGUGGAAACUUUUUGAUGCCGUCCAUCAAAUAAUCGAACUGGAGGCAGCCAAUGUUACAGAAACCUAUGAAUCGUUUACUGUGUCAUCUAUACCUACAGCAUCACCAGUAGCAAUAUCAUCUGCAGUACCGGUAUCUGAACUGCUGUGUGUACCAGAAAUAGCAUCGAUCAGCUCGCCAUCACUGUCGCCACUGGAUAGCUCAAUAUCAGCAGCUGGUACAUCUAGAAAGAGGAACUAUAAGGGUGAAAUACUAAAAGUGGCAAAAGAGCAAAAUGAAUUACUGAAAACGGUGGUAGAGGAUGGCAAAAAAUUAACUGAAAGAGUUGUUAAUGCCAUCGAACUACAAAGUAACAACACCAAAGAGUUCAUGGACAUUAUGAAAAGUCUUUUACAAAAAAUGUUAAAAAAUAAAAUAAAAUUAAAAAAUUAAAAAUAAAUGUUAUGUUCUCAAAUAUUGUAUAUGAAUCAUUAUUUCUUGCUGUGGUUCCUAUGUUUAUGAACAUAAACUUUGAUCUGAAAGUAAUAAAAAAAAUAUAAACACAUGUAUAUAAAAAUCAAUGUAGUCACAAGUUUACCUGUGAUCACAGCUUGCCAACAAAAUAAUCGAAUACCAUCCUUUAUAAUUGUAGUAAUCUAUGGCUUCGUCUUUUUUGAGCUGCACUUCGAUGUGGCAACCCUCUAAUGCACCGAAGCAAUGCAAUGCAAUCCGCAAGACUAUCACAAACUGCAUGGCAAAAAUCCAUCACAUUUUCGCCAACUGUGCUGCGCCCAACUCCAUACAAGCUAGCAACGGUCCUAUAUACUCGGCUGACGAACCCAAUGCAAAUAGUGCUUUAGCUACACUUUUAUCAAGUGGGAUACAGCGCCUAAUGUUGCUAUACAUGUUUCCCAAUAUUCUUAACUUGUUCGGACUCUUUUUUGAAAGCCUUCUAUACAGGCGAAAGUUUUCCUUGGACUUUGAUUCAUCCAUUGCAGGGAUAUCGUGCGCCCAAAAUUUACCACUUCCGUCCUUAAAAAACACCUUAAAAACCUUACAAUCAAGUAUUGCUUUUAAUUUUACUCCAUUAUCUUUUAUUGCAUUUUUAUUUCAUUUAAAAAAAUAAACGAAUUUCAGAAUCAGCUGUUUAAAAGCACAAGUCUACCGUCUGUCACCAUAAAAUUUUAAUGUGCAUUAGCAUUUCUUAAUGCGAAUUAUUUUUACUCGUCUGUCAAGGCUAUAAGAAGUUGCGCUAGGGCAUAAUCAAUCAAUUGCAUACACUUGUACUUUUUUAUAAAUAUUGCAGCAUUUUAUAGAUAAUAAUUUAGUCUUGACCGUUAGUACCAAAAUUUGUAACAAUAAUAAUCACCGUUACUUGCAAUUAGAGUGAAUGAUCCAUAAAAUACACUAAGGAUAUUUAAGUACAAUAUGUACACAUGUAAAUGUUAUUGUUUGUACAUACAUAUGUAUAUGUAUAAUGAAGUGUAUUUUGAAUGUGAUUUGAGCGUUCCUCUUUCCUUAGCGUUUUUCGUAUUUUGUUUUUGUUUCUAUUUUCGUCUGUUGUAGUUUGUUUUUAUUUUGCAAAUAGCUUGGAUACCCUGAGGAGCCGAGCUGCGGAGUGAGUGCAUCUCCACUGAAAUAUUAACCCCCCCACAAAUACGCUGAUAAACCCAUAUAUCUCACUUGUUUACAUACAUAUUACAUGUGUAUGUAUAUACGAUACUAUAGAUAUGUAUAUACAUAGGUACAUAUGGCUUUUGUCAUUCUGUUAUUUUGUUGAUAUAUCGGCUUGACGUUAAGUUGGCACGCCACCCACUCUUUAUCUGCUCUCUUUCACCCAGUUUGUUUUGCAAUAAAAAUGUGUGUGCCUCUCGGAAAUUCUCCACAUUUUUGCUCUCUUCAUAUUUUUGCGCUCCGAGUAAAUGCUGUAAUAUAAAAUACUUUGUAUAUAGAUUUGUAUGGUUAUAGCUAAGUAAAUACUUACUAUAUCUCUACAUAAGUUAUCGCGUAUAUGACUUUGUAUAUACUUUUGAAUGUAUGUAUGUAUGUAUGUAUGUGAAUAUACGACAGGGGUAGUGUUUUGCUUUUUGUUGUUUUAAAUACUUGUUUCUGUUUCUAAAUAUACAAUCCGCAGCUAUGCACGAUUUAUAAACGAAUCUAAAAAUAGAACGGCAGGUCACGGCCUAUUCAAACACCCAACGAGCUAUGUACUUGCACAUACAUACACACUUACAUAUGUACAUGCAUAAGUACGCAGAUAAAUACAAAUAUACUUACAUGGUAUAUCGAAUACUGCUUUUUUACAUUUAUUUGCUCUUCGACUUAAUUCAAUUUCACUUUGCACAGCCACAGACUGUAAUGCUGAUAAGUAAAAUAGAAAUAAAUAUUUAUAAUGUGAGAGCUAAAAUUGUUCACUUAAAUCGCAGAUGUUUUCUUGUAGAGCCGACCAAUGGCACAAGGAAAUAAAUAAGUUCAGAGGCCUCAGAGGUAUUUUCAUUUUUACAAACUACGUGUAUACAUAUACAUACAUACAUAUGUAUGUACAUAUACAUAUCUAUGUAUGUGUAUAUGAAUUAUACAUCAUUAAUGAGCCAAUAUUCCAAGAAUCUGUCAAUUAAUGUGAAAUAACUACACACAUCCCUACAAACUGAUAUCUAUAAAUGUAAAUAAUUAAUUAAUCUUCGUAUAUACACUUUAUCUACAUACAUAUAAACAUAGUUUGAACCUACAUACAUACAUCAAUAUACAUAUGUACAUAUGUACUUCUUAUGGUAGAUAGCCCCUGUUAUCCUUUACGUAUUUGAAUCAGCAAAGUGUUUUUAAUGGAACAUUUUUUAACACUUUGUCAUCCUUAAAAUAUAAGAGAAGAAAGAUAAAGAUUCCACAGAGUUUUAUCAAACAGUAUAUAUGUAUGUACAGAUGUACAUAUGUAAAGAGUUUUUCAAUAAGAGUGCUUCACAAGUUUUUUUAUUAAUAAAACAAAAAUGGUUCUUUAUGCCUGUGGAAGUAUAUUCGAUGUCAUUAUGUGUGGAACUCGAAUUAUUUUGCAUGACCAACAUGGGCACGCUUGGAGAAGUCCAGGCGCUGAACACAAUUUUCGACGGGUUUGAAGCAUAAAUAUGCCGAUACUGUUGCAAUUUCACGUCUGAUAUUCGUUCGAAAUUCAUCAAUCGUCGCUGGCUUGUUGGCAUAGACCAUAGACUUGACGUAGCCCCACAGGAAAUAGUCUAACGGCGUCAAAUCGCACGACCGAGGCGGCCAAUUGAUUGGGCCAUUUCGUGAGAUAACACAUUCACCAAACUUGGUUUUCAAUAAAUCGAUUGUGACAUUCGCUGUGUGGCUUGUGGCACAGUCUGUUGGAACCACAUAUUGUCCAAAUCCAUAUCAUCCAAUUAGAGCCAAAAAUAUUCGGUUAUCAUUGAGCGGUAGCAAUUCCCCUUCAUAGUAACGUGACAGUCUUGAUCAUCGCGGAAGAAGUACGGCCCAAUGACGCCGCCGGCCCGUUAAUCACACCAAACCGUAGUUCUUUUGGGAUACAAUAUUGACUCUUAGAGUACGUACGAAUGUACUUUCACAUGAAUAAAUAAUUUCAUUGAUAUCGCAAACAGUUUUUGUUUUAUAAAAAAAAAAACAAAAAAAAAAAACUUUUGUAUCACUCUUCUUGAAAAAGCCGUUCUUAAAGUUGAGGCCUUUGACUCCGAAUUCCGGUCAAGAGCGAGAAAAAAUAUGGCAUCGUUUGCUGUCCCUACCGGUCUACUUUUGUAGCGUCCCUAUUGAAAAAUACGUUAUAAACUAUGUAGUAUAAACCUGAAGUAGUCCCUUAGUUUUUGAGAUAUCGAUCUGAAGUAUUUGCACACGCUCUUUCCCUCCAAGAAGCUGCUCAUUUGUCGAAAUCACAGAUAUCGGACAUUAUGGCAUCAGUAGGUCACCUUCGAGUGUAUGGUAAAAGCUUCUCUAGAAAAUCAUUCGACGAUCUUCAUCUUCUUAAACUUAUUGGUCCCUCCAAAGAAUAGAUGCUUGACCACAAUAAAUUUGUAUAUGCAAAUAAAGAAAUUACGCAAAAUUUACUGGAGGGAUUUCUGCCAGAGUGAAAACAAAUCAUCUGGAGUUGUUAGUUCUGUUUUUUCUUGCAGUUGUUAUUUCAUUAAAACUACAAACUCUUUUAAAAAUCUCUAAUUAUUUGCUAAGGCUCGAUACUCUGGCAAAUUCUUCUCUUCGUCAGCAAAAGUUUAUUUUUUCUACUUAUUCAUUUCCAUAGCAGUUUCUUUCCUGAGUCCGCUGAAAAUAAGAUUUUUUAAAUAAAAACAAAAAAUUAACGCGUUUUAUUUACACUUUCUACCAAACAAUUAAUUUAUUCUUAAAUACAAAUUGAAACAGCUGAUCGCCGCUUUAACAACUAACAGAAAAUUUCUCAAAAUAUUACAAACCGUUAUUUUGUUUCAAAUAUCGUUACCUGUAUAAAUGGGAAACAACGAAAUAAACGUGACCUCUGUCGACCAAAAACCCGAUUUCAAUACCGGUUUAAUAGCCUCAAUUCGAAAUGACUGUCUAUUUCGCCGAAGUUUUUAUGACACAGAAGUUUAUUUCUGAAUCGAAUUCUAAAUUUAAAUUAAUACACAUUUCUGUUAAAAGUACAUAUAGACAUAUGUACAUAUGUAUAUACAUAUAUGAACAUUACAUAUGUAUAUGAUAUAGAUACAUGUUUCAUAUAAGAUCUAUGACAAUUUAAUAGACAGGGAAGCACUGUGAGGUUCAUAAAGCCUGUUAGUUAUAUGGGGCCUAGGACGAGUAUUCACCCGAUUUUAUCUAUGUUAGCACAAACAUGCACUUUUAUAAGGAAAACAUGGUCUCUCAAUUUUAUUAAGACAUCUCACGUAUUGGCCGAUAUAUGCGUUAUAAAGUCACUCGGAAGUUCGAAGAUCUUUAUAUUAGGUAUAUGGGGGCUAAGAAAAGUAUUGCCCCGGUUCAACCCAUUUAUACCCACAAAGAUAUUUUUAUCAGGAGAGAAUUUUUUCUAAAAUUGAAUAGUGUUUCCCAUGGAUAAAAGUCAGCUAUUGGUACCGGGGCUCGCAUAUUCGUUAGCUAGGUUUUAAUUUGGUCAUAAGGUAGCAUACUUUAAAGGAAUUAUUAGUGUAAAGUUUUAUCCAGCAAUAUCAAUUGCUUCUUGAUUUGUGUACUGGAAAGUGAAAGAAUCAAGUGAAAUUUAGAACUGUGUUAUAUGAGAAGUUGGCUGUAGUCCGAUUUCGCUCAUUUUUAGACUGUAACAUAAAAGGUGAGAAUAAUGUCAGAUACCGAAUUCAGUCGAAAUCGUUCUGUCGGGUCCCGAGAUAUUCGAAUUUACCUAAAAGAGGGUGGUGCUACGUCGUCCAAUUUUUACCCCGGCUCCGAUAAAGCUUUCUCAUACCUCGAGUGUAAAAUUUAAUGUUUCUGGCGUAUUUAGUUAUUAAUUUAUCGCAAUUU